CACGAGCAAUAAUAAAUAUCAAUCAUCGUACAUUUACGCCCUAUCAUAGAAGUAAUUGAGUGUCAACUGUAUGUACUUAUUGCGUAUACUACACUACCAGUUCACUUGGACAGGAAGACAAAAAAUUCUUCUUACUCCUGCAAAUAAUAUAGAAAUGGAGAAAGAUAAUGCCAUAUUAAUACCAGGUCAACGAAUUCGUCCACCGGGCAAUAACGAAAUAGUCUUGCAACUUUUAACAGAACUUUACGGCUUAAAAUCGUCGAGUAUAACCGAACUAAAUGCAUACGAUGAUAGAAACUAUCAUGUAAUUUGCGAGGAAUCACAUACGAACCCUCAUAUAACGAUUCUUAAUAAACAUGGCUACGUUUUGAAGAUCGUUAAUUCUUUAGAUUCGCAAAAAAAACACGUCAUUGAUGCACAGAAUGAAAUGUUGAUAUUUCUGAAUGAACAAAGUAUUAGUUGCCCUUUACCUGUGAAAACUAUACACGGAUUAUAUCACACUUUGGUUAAACUAAACGUUGAUGGAUGCACCGAAAGUUAUGCUGUGAAACUGUUAGUUUAUCGGCCUGGUGAAUUGUUGUCUCGUAUGCCGAUUACUGGGGAACUUCUUCGACAUGUAGGUAAUUUCACGGCCAAACUCAGCAACGUUUUAAUGACCUUCUCUCAUCCAGCUUACAAUGAUCAUAAGACUUUGUGGAUGUUAAGCUCUGUACCAGAGUUGCGACAAUUUACUUUUGCUGUAAAGAGUGCAGCUGAAAGGGAACUAGCACAUCAAGUGAUACUAGCUUUCGAAGAGGAUGUACUCCAGGUCACAUCGCAGCUUGAGCAAGGAAUGAUACAUGGCGAUUUGAACGAACAAAAUCUAGUAAUAAGUUCGAAUGGCAGAGAAAUAGCUGCCGUUAUCGAUUUUGGCGACUCGCAUCGGACAUGCCUAAUUUUCGAUUUAGCUAUCACGCUGUGUUAUAUGAUUUUACAGACUGGUGACGUAGCGAUGGGUAAACAUGUUGUUGAAGGUUAUCAGAAUGUUAAAAGGCUGACAGAUCUUGAGAAAAAAAUAUUAAAGGUUACUGUUUGUGCGAGGAUUUGUCAGAGUUUAGUCAUGGGUGCUUAUUCUCAUCUUUAUGAUCCACAAAACGAAUAUCUGCUUAACACUCAGAAAUCGGGAUGGACUUUAUUGAAAAAGCUUUGGCCUCUUCCUAAAGAUGAGGUUCUUCGAAAUUGGGGACUGAUGAACUAAAUUUUCGUAUUGUUCG